UUCCUUCUUCUUCAAAUCUAAACCCUUUCUCUCUCUUGUCCGAAUCAAAUCCGGUUGCUGGAAAAGCUAAGAGCUUCGGGCGACCCAACGAGUAACAGCGAAGGUUGAAAAAACCCUAAUUUCGAAAUCGAGAAUCACCCCAAGUUUCUGAAUCGGGCGGCGGAGAUUUCGUUCGCCUCUUUGUCCGCGCGCGAUGGCGGAAUUAGGGCAACAGACGGUGGAUUUCUCCGCCCUCGUUGGUCGAGCCGCGGAGGAGUCGUUCCUCUCCCUCACGGAGCUCGUUGAGAAGGCUAAGUCGCCGGAGCUUUCCGAUACUGAUAAGAAGCUCAGCCUCCUCAAGUAUGUCGUCAAGACUCAGCAGCGGAUGCUUCGGCUCAAUGCCCUCGCCAAGUGGUGUAAACAGGUUCCUCUAAUAAACUCCUGCCAAGACCUCGGAAGCUCAUUAUCAUCUCACGACAUAUGCUUCACACAAGCUGCGGAUUCACUCUUCUUCAUGCACGAAGGUCUCCAGCAAGCUCGUGCUCCCGUCUACGACGUCCCCUCCGCUAUUGAAGUCUUGCUGACAGGCUCUUACCAGCGCCUCCCAAAGUGCGUAGACGAUGUGGGGAUGCAGUGCUCUUUGGACGAGCAGCAGCAGAAGCCAGCGCUAAGGAAGCUGGAGGUGCUCGUACGCUCCAAGCUACUCGAGAUCACGCUUCCAAAAGAGAUCACAGAGGUGAAAGUCUCUAAAGGCACGGUUACCUUAUCCGUGGAGGGGGAGUUCAAGGUUCUGGUGACUCUCGGUUACCGAGGACACCUGUCCAUGUGGAGGAUACUGCUUCUGGAUCUACUCGUUGGUGAGAGAAGCGGUGGCCCGAUUAAACUCGAGGUGACAAGACGGCAUAUCCUUGGCGAUGAUCUAGAGCGGAGAAUGUCAGUUGCGGAGAAUCCAUUCACUAUAUUAUACGCGGUGCUCCAUGAGCUUUGCGUCGCCAUUGUCAUGGACACGGUCAUAAGGCAGGUCAGAACUCUUCUCCACGGGAGAUGGAAAGAUGCCAUUCGGUUCGACUUGAUCUCGGACACUGGCACAGCACCAGCAAACCAAGAAGGAGAGGCGGAUUCUGUUAGUCUCAAAACGCCAGGAGUGAAGCUAAUGUACUGGCUAGAUUAUGAUAAAAACAAUGCUGGCUCGUUCGUUAAAAUCGAGCCGGUGUCAGAUCUUCAGAUUAAGUGUUCUCACAGCACGUUUGUGAUUGAUCCUCUGACCGGCAAGGAAGCUGAGUUUUCUCUGGAUCAGAGCUGCAUUGACGUGGAGAAGCUUCUGCUUAAAGCUAUUUGCUGUAACAGAUACACCCGUCUUCUUGAAAUUCAGAAAGAGCUUCUGAGGAGUGACAGGAUUUGUCGAGCUCCCAGUGAUGUCAUUCUUCAGGCCUUCCUGGAUGAGCCUGGCAGUGAGGGAGGUAACAUGAUAGACUCUAAGCAACAAAUAGAGCCAGAGGUAUUACGUGUCCGAGCCUAUGGAUCAUCAUUUUUCACACUUGGGAUCAAUAUAAGGACCGGUAAGUUUCUUCUUCAGUCAUCCAAGAGUGUCUUGACCCCCUCCAUCUUGGUUGAAUUUGAAGAUGCGUUAAACCAAGGAAGCAUAUCUGCUGUUGAUGCCUUUAUCAACCUGAGAAGCAAAAGCAUUUUGCAUUUUUUUGCCGCCAUUGGCAAAUUUUUGGGUCUUGAGGUCUACGAACAUGGUUUUGGUGUAAACAAAGCCCCCAAAAGCCUCUCGGAUGGGUCAAGCAUUCUGGCGUUGGGGUUCCCUGACUGCGAAAGCUCUCACCUCUUGCUCAUGGAGCUCGAAAAGGACUUCACGCCGUUGUUUAAACUAGCGGAAACUCAAACGGACGGUUCGGGGAAGCCUCAGUUUCUCAACGAUCUGAGCAACGUUCUGCGUGUUAAGAAGAUUGAUAUUGGGCAGAUACGGAUUCUUGAAGAUGAUCUCAACUUGAUCACAUCGGAUGUAGCUAGAUUUGUGUCUUCGUUCUCAGAUGCUGAGAGGAGCUUAAAUCAAGCGUCUGGACACCGUGGUCCUGGACUAGUUGAGGAGUCUUUGGCGGAGAUGAGUGGAGGGCAGUUGAGUUUCUCUAGCAUCGUUGAUGAAGUGUUUGGACAUCAGAAAGUGACGACAUCCGCUGAUGGAAAAGCUCCGUUGUUGACUAGCUAUCAAUCGGAUUCCUUCUACAGUAUGCAGGUCCCUUUAGAAUCUAGCUCUUUUAAUCUGUUGUCAUCUCCUCCCCCUGGGAAGGGUUCAGCUAUGAUGAAGAACCCUAACAAAGAGUUGUCCAUGGUAUUGUCUCCAUCCCUAACUGUUGUCUCUGAGUCAGCUGAUCUUGCAGUUACCUCUGAUGGUCCUUUGUUGAGAAAAGACCAGAAGUCACGGAAACGCUCAGCUUCAGAUUUGCUAAGAUUGAUCCCAUCUCUACAAGGAGUGGAAGGUGUAACUCAUCCCAAUAAGAAAAGUAAAACCUCUGCAUCACAGGCCCUAUCUACUGCAGUGGUAACAUCAACAAAAGCUAUUGGAUGCAGCUAUGGGGAUCUCAUAGCUGAAGCAAACAAAGGGAACGCACCUUCGAGCGUUUUCGUCUACGCUCUUCUCCACGUGGUCAGGCACUCUUCUCUGUCCAUAAAGCACGCCAAGCUAACUAGCCAGAUGGAGGCGCUGGACAUCCAAUACGUUGAGGAGAUGGGACUGAGAGAUUCGUUUUCAGACAUAUGGUUCCGUCUUCCGUUUGCUCAGAAUGAUUCCUGGCAACAUAUAUGCUUGCAGCUCGGUAGACCUGGGAGCAUGUGUUGGGAUGUGAAAAUAAACGACCAGCACUUCAGGGAUCUCUGGGAGCUUCAGAAGGGAAGCAAAUCAACACCGUGGGGAUCCGGAGUUCACAUUGCUAAUUCGUCUGACGUUGAUUCACAUAUCCGUUAUGACCCUGAAGGCGUUGUUCUGACCUAUCAGUCCGUGGAAGCAGAUAGUAUCAAGAAGCUUGUGGCGGAUAUACAGAGGCUUUCGAAUGCCAGAAGGUUCUCCCUUGGCAUGCGGAAACUACUUGGCAUAAAGGCGGAUGAGAAAACAGAAGAGCCUGGUGGUGGUAAUGCCGCUGUUAAAGGACCUGCUGGAGGGAAAGGCGGUGGGGAGGCGGUUGAUAGAUGGAGGGCUUUCAAGAUUGAGGCAGUGGGAUUGACGAGCCUGUGGUUUAGCUUUGGUUCGGGCAUUUUGGCUCGUUUUGUUGUGGAGUGGGAAUCAGGUAAAGAUGAAUGCACCAUGCACGUCUCUCCUGACCAACACUGGCCACAUACCAAGUUCUUGGAGGAUUUCAUAAAUGGUGGAGAGGUAGAAUCUCUUCUGGAUUGCAUUCGCCUUACUGCUGGGCCUUUGACUGCGUUAGCUGCCGCUACUCGCCCUGCCCGAGCUAGUUCAGCCACUGGCGUGACUGUCGUACCUGCUACAGCGACUUCCAGACAAUCAAAUCAGACGCAACAAACUCAACCUUCAACUUUAGCAGCUCCAAAUGCUGUUGGCCAGUCUGCCUCAGGGAGUGCUGUUGCUUCUCCUUCUCCUGCUCCAAGUCCACUCGGUGGAAGUUUCCAUGGAGCUGCAGGGAGAAGCGGACCUGGAAUCGUUCCCAGCUCUCUCUUACCCAUUGAUGUCUCUGUAGUACUCCGUGGACCCUAUUGGAUAAGGAUCAUAUACCGCAAACGUUUUGCAGUGGACAUGAGAUGCUUUGCUGGAGAUCAAGUCUGGUUGCAACCAGCAACACCACCCAAGGGCGGUGCUUCUAUUGGAGGCUCCUUGCCAUGUCCCCAGUUCAGACCUUUCAUCAUGGAGCAUGUUGCUCAAGAGUUAAACGGUUUGGAACCGAAUCUGACAGGUAGCCAAGGAGCAACAAAUCCAAGUGGUAGCAGAGUUAACUUUUCCCCUUCUAGUGCAAUGUCAAGAGCCGUGAUGAGUCGUGUAGGCAGCGUUGCUUCAGGAUCUUUAGUGGUUGGCUCAGGGUUGUCUGUACGUAGACCACCAGGGAGCGGUGUGCCGGCACAUGUAAGAGGCGAAUUAAACACAGCGAUUAUCGGUUUAGGUGAUGAUGGUGGCUAUGGCGGAGGAUGGGUUCCUCUUGUGGCUCUUAAAAAAGUUUUGCGUGGGAUCCUCAAAUACCUUGGAGUACUGUGGCUAUUUGCUCAGCUUCCAGAUCUCUUGAGAGAGAUCUUAGGUUCAAUCUUGAAGGAGAACGAAGGCGCUCUCUUGAACUUAGACCAAGAACAACCAGCGUUACGCUUCUUUGUCGGUGGCUAUGUAUUUGCGGUGAGUGUCCAUAGAGUUCAGCUUCUUCUUCAAGUCCUCAGCGUGAGGAGAUUCCAUCACCAGCAACAGCAGCAAAACGGUUCAUCAGGUACUGCUCAAGAGGAGCUAACACAAUCCGAGAUUGGAGAAAUCUGUGACUAUUUCAGCCGCCGUGUUGCAUCAGAGCCUUACGAUGCUUCGAGAGUCGCCUCGUUCAUAACACUCCUCACAUUACCUAUACCAGUCUUAAGAGAGUUUCUUAAACUGAUAGCUUGGAAGAAAGGGUUAUCACAAUCACAACAAGCCGUAGAGGUUGCUCCUGCGCAGAGACCUAGGAUCGAGCUAUGCCUAGAGAAUCAUUCCGGUGCAGAUGUUGAAACUAGCUGUGCAGCUAAAAGCAAUAUCCAUUUCGACCGGCCUCAGAGCACGGUUGACUUUGCUUUGACCGUGGUUCUUGAUCCUGCGCACAUACCUCACAUAAACGCAGCUGGAGGAGCGGCGUGGCUGCCUUACUGUGUAUCGGUUAGGUUAAGGUACACCUUUGGGGAUAACCCUAGCGUGACGUUUCUUGGGAUGGAAGGAAGCCAUGGAGGAAGGGCUUGCUGGCAGCGUGUUGAUGAUUGGGAGAAGUGUAAACAGAGAGUGAGCCGUACGGUGGAAGUCAACGGAUCUGCUGCAGGAGAUUUGACUCAAGGGAAGCUCAAAUUGGUUGCAGAUAGUGGCCAGAGAACAUUGCAUCUAUGUCUUCAAGGUCUCAGAGAAGGCAGUAGUAAUAAUAACACUCUUCAAAAGGAGUUUACCAUAUAGGGAUGUAAACUUUUGUCAGUUUGUUGUCUUAAUGUGUACAUACAAUCCUUUGGUUGUGAAAUUUUGGUUGAAUUUAGA